AUGAUUGAAAAGGUGCACGGGCUCCAUGCGACAAGCAUAACCCUCAAUGACCGGUUCACUUUCUUAGCCGAAGCACCAGGCCGUAUUAACAAGCCUAAAAAACGCAACGUAUCGCAGUCACUAAACAAAGCCUACAAUUUAGCUAAUAAGAAUAUUAUUCAACAAAUAGCUUAUCACUUGGAGCAAGCUAGUAAGCAAACUGUGAAGCAAGGACUGGGCCUGCGAAGGUAUGGUAGCGAAAGUAACUUGUUUGACCAACGGAGAACAAACAGUUCUGGCAAUCUUAAGUCUGUAACAGACAGAGUCUCAUGGAGACAAUCAUCUAACAGCCUCAGUUCAGCCAUUUUAUUUAAUAACUUUGGGAGCACAUGGAGAAGAUGGGGCUUCAGGAGACGUGGUGCACGGGUGGGGCUCACUCGUGAAAGGAUCAGGGGCAAAGGUGGUCAACAGCAAACGGGAAAGAUGUUUCAGAAUACUCCUCAUACCAUGAGAAGAGGUCACUUUCGUGGUAGGGGUGGUUUCAGGGCACAGGGAAGAGGAGCAAUAACUCCGAAGAAGACUGUGCCCACCAAAGAAGAGUUAGACUUUCAGUUAGAACAAUACAUGUCGAGCACUAAGUCAGCUUUAGACAAGCAGUUGGAUGAUUACAUGAGAGUUGCAAUGGAAUGCGAGUGA